GCCCCCUCUGAAGCCCCCGCUGGCAGGCCUGCUCAGUCUAUUUCGAACAAUGGGAGACUUCGCAAACGAGAGCACUGUCAGUAACUCCAGCGGGGCACCCCCCUCUGCACCGUGCCCCCGCGACACCACCGUCACCCGCCUCGUCUUCCCAGCGCUGUACACACUCGUCUUCCUUCUGGGACUCACACUGAACAGCCUGGCUUUCUGGGCUUUCUUCCAGGUUCCGAGCACAUCGACUUUCAUUGUCUACCUGAAAAAUAUCUUGGUUUCUGAUUUUAUAAUGACCCUGAUGCUUCCUCUGAAAAUCCUGACGGACUCUGGCCUGGGACCAUGGCAACUCAAAGCCUUUGUCUGUCGCUUCUCAGCCGUGGUAUUUUAUGACACCAUGUAUAUCAGCAUAGUGCUGCUCGGCCUCAUUGCUUUUGACAGAUUUCUCAAGAUUGUGAGACCUUUUGGGAAGUUCUGGGUGCAAAACCUGACCUCAGCAAAGAUCCUUGCGGGUCUGGUCUGGCUCUUCUUCUUUGCUCUCUCCCUGCCCAACAUGAUCCUGUCGAACAAGAAAGCAACGCCCCACUCCGUGAAGAAGUGUGCCUCGUUGAAGAACUACUUCGGGCUCAAAUGGCACGAGGCUGUCAAUUAUAUCUGUCAGAUCAUCUUCUGGACUGUUCUCAUCCUCAUGUUCCUAUUUUAUGUAAUUAUUGCCAAAAAGGUCUAUGAGUCUUACAUAAAAACACAGAAGAAAGACAACAAAAGUGAACAAAGGGUCAAGGGGAAAGUAUUCAUCAUUUUUACUGUGUUUUUCCUGUGCUUUGCUCCGUUUCAUUUCAGCAGGGUCCCCUACACCCUGAGUCAGACCGCGGCCCGGAUGGAUUGCCGUCUGCAGAGCCAACUCUUCAUUGCGAAAGAGAGCACGCUGUGGCUGGCUGCCACAAACGUCUGCAUGGACCCCCUGAUAUACAUGUUCUUGUGCAAACCCUUUGUGGAAAAGCUGCUACGCAGGGGAGUGAAGACAUUUCAGAAAACAGUUCAUACAAACCCAAAAACCGAACUGGACACGCGAACGUCUGCCACCGACCCCUGAUUCUGCGGCUUCGUGUUCUACAGCCUCUGUGUAUUCAUAGAGACGUUCAGAAAUAAUUUGGUUUACUCCUGUAGAAAAUGAGAGGGUGGUUGUACUGUAAUAUUAAUAUGUAAUA